AUGCCUCAUCCACGGUAUAAACAGGUUGCUACGGAAGACGAAAAGAACCAUGUUGCUGUGCGAUCCCACAACAAGACCGCAAUGUUCUUGGUAGUUUUGGUAGUGCUCCCAGUUCCUUUCAUGUUCUGUAUUUGGACCCAGGGUCUCUCCUUGGAGUCCAUUGGAUGGAAAAAGCAGCUCCGUACUACUGAUGACUGGAAUCUGCAAGUGCAAGAGCAAGAGCCAAGUCCCGUACUGACACAACAUGCCUUGGACUUUGUGGCACGACGAAGAAAAGCCUAUGCAAAGGAGGGCAAGCAUGAUGAUUGGAAACUCCGGGGCCACGGCUAUCUUCUUACCUACCAAAACAUUGUACUGGCUGCCACUGUGAUCUCUUCAACUACUGUUACUGAACAACCACAAGAGAAUGGGCUAACCAUGGGAAGGAAUCGAAUAGUCAUUUGGAAUGUGCAUCCUAAAAGAUCCCAAUCUUCAAAAUUGUUGGAUCAGUGCCACUGGCUGACCAUAUGGGUGCGCGUCAAUGGUCCGGAAAUACUCUCGGGACUGGCACGGCCCAUUGCUGCUGACUCUGUGGCAGGAAGAGAUUGUCGGUGGGACUUUUGGGUGGACAUUCAAACGCCCGGCCAAUACGAAAUCGAUGCCAAACUCUUGACAUGGAAUGGUCUGGCACCCAUGCAUCUGGUGGGUACCAAACCUACCGAACAUCAGUGUCCGCAUGUCGAAAUGGGCACCAACGAGCCGUCCCCACAAGCACUCGAAAAGGCACCCCAGAAGACUUCUAUUUUGGGAUUCAAACUCUACCAAUCCGUCGGGGCAUGCUGUGAGAUAUGCCGUAGGAUACCUCGCUGUUUGUAUUGGGCGACUCCUGCGAAACAACUACCCGAACCCGAUGAUAAAAACACGGGAUGCGACCUGUACUUUGCCAAGGACACUCCGGAGGAUGGCAUUCCCACGUCUCCUCUUUUGACGCAAGUGACGCAGAAUCAAAAUGCCGUCAUUCAACAACGGCAAGAAAAUGGAGAACCAACACCGAAACCACAACAAUUGCCCAAAGCAUGGGGGGCCUCGUAUGAAACAAAACUUCCCCAAUACAAAUACAAUACGACUCAAUUCCUAGGCUGUGGGUGGAGUUUUGAAUUCGCCGUAGACUUUCCCUGUCUCGAUGGAAACCUCGAUGAUCAUGUAUACAUGGAAACCAGAGCCUUUACUGUGACGGAAGGAGGCACACCACAAACAACAUCUCAACAGAAGAAGAAGAAGAAUCAUCUACCCCUGUGUGGCCAGAAGCAUGAAAGUUUCGUCCGUAUGCGGCAGCAGACCCAUCCUCCAAACAACAACGGCGCUACAAAACUCACGGGUCGGUGGGUGCGAGAACCCUGGCCAACGCCCACCAAGUGUCCGGAUCCCAUGACGAUGCUUCCGCCAUCGGAAGGUAACAAUAAAAACUUUCCCAUGGAAACCAUCGAUGGCAGUCGACCGCAUUGUUGGCACCGCAGUGAUUUGUCCGAAUUGAGUAGUCAAUGUUUUGAGAGCAAUUGUCAGUACAUUCUACCACAACAUCGCUGGGAAUCCACACCCCUCAAGCACGACACGCAAUUUAAUGCCGUGUGGAAGAAUUACAACUGCCAUUACGUAGAGUUUACCGACCGGCAGCUCUCGGAAUGCUUUGUCAAGAACAAAAUCUCCAAAAUUACAAUCAAAGGGGCAUCCGUCUCCCGGAUGCUCCGGCGCUACUUUGAAGUGCGCAUGGAACAUCUCACCUUUUACGACGAGAACUUACCGGAUGCCCGUCAAAUACGAGUGAACACUCUCAUGUGGCCCCAUGCCAUUUGGCACAUGAACGAAACACAGUGGCUCCAUUCCAUCAACAAAUCAUCUGCUGCCAUCAUUGCUCCCACCAAUGACAAGGAAGAAGAGUACAUUUUGUCUCCGUUUCUGACCAGUAGUGAGAGAGAGCAAUAUAUGCACAUUGACCGGGCGGUGCGAUUUGGACAAACGAUCGAAGAGCUACUGUCCAGUAGAGGCUACAAGUUCAUCAAUGCAUUUGAAUUGUCGGCCGCUUUCACCUAUGACACGACAACCCAAAGUGAUGGACUUCAUCUGGUGGGACCUCCGAUGAAGAUGAUUGUGAUAAAACUGUUUCAUCACAUCUGUUCGGGGACAGUGGAAGGAACUAUAUUGUGA